AUGGCUUCGAACACCCCAAUCCGGUCAAAGAGCACGCCCUUCUCCAACUCAAUCUUGAAAUCUAAAUCGGUUUUCUUACAUGAAUGGUGGCUUGUCAAGCCUCAAAACCACUGCAACGGUUUUGCUAUUUCUGGCAUUACUUCAAUCGGGAGGGGAGAAAGAGUGUUUGUUUCAACUGUGAUUGUAAAGGUACAUGAAACCAAUGUUGUAGAGACCCAAGAUGGCAUCAUCGUGGGCUUCCGCGGUUUCAUUAACUCCUCUCGUUCAUUCCAAAAUGGUUUUUCUUCUCAGGUAUGCCAACGUUUCUCAAUUGGAUUUCCACACAGUUGGAAAAAGUUGUCUGCUCGUUUAGAAAAUGAAUGUGAUUAUGUGGAUAGAGUUAAUGAUUUUGGCGUUUCAAAUACUCCUUGCCACAAAGAAAUAACGGACGAGACUUUACAGGAAGCUAUAGAAGUUGAAGGUAACAAGAAUAUUAUUACAAGUCUUAGGUUGUCUCAACCACAAGUUGACGUGGUUUAUAAUGGUGAAAAUGGGUUCUCAAAUGUUGAUGACUCAAAUGCUUCUCUCUGCCAAAAAACAGCUGAUAAAUGUUUGCAGGAAGCGGAAGGUAAUGAUGAUAUUGCGAGUCAUAAGUUGCCUCAUCCACAAGUUGAGGUGGCUUAUAAUGGUGAAAGUAAAGUUUCAGAUUUUGACGACUUGAAUGCUUCUUUCCUCAAAAAGACAGCUGAUGUGACAUCAAACGAAGCUAAGGAAGCUGAAGAUGACGACACUGUCGGGAGUCUUAGGAUGCCUCAGCUGCAGGUUGACGUGAUUAAUACUGGUGAAAAUGGAGUUUCAAGUGUUGCUGCAGCUGAAAGUAAUCAAUCUAAGAUGGGUGUGUUUGAAUUUGAUCCUGUCUUGGAGCAAAGCAGUGUCAAAUCUCCACUUCACCCGAAGAAAUUGAAGUUAUCUAGUGACUGCAAGGAGAAUAAUGAACGUAUCAAGCAGACGAUUGUAGAGGAUCCUGGUAGUUUAUGUAGAAGGGUGGUGACAAGAAGCAUUGCCAAAAAUAGUCUUAUAAAGGAUCGGAAAGUUGAAGCAAAAUGUUUUACUUCUCCUGUUAGAAGAUCCUCUAGGGGUAAAAAAUUAUAA